GUGACCUUCACCAAGCGCAAGUUCGGUUUGAUGAAGAAAGCCUACGAGCUGAGCGUCCUGUGCGACUGCGAGAUCGCCCUGAUCAUCUUCAACCACUCCAACAAGCUGUUCCAGUAUGCCAGCACCGACAUGGACAAGGUGCUGCUCAAGUACACCGAGUACAACGAGCCCCACGAGAGCCGGACCAACGCGGACAUCAUCGAGACCUUAAGAAAGAAAGGUUUUAACGGCUGUGACAGCCCGGAGCCCGACGGCGAUGACUCGAUAGACCAGAGCCCUUUGAUGGAGGAUAAAUACCGUAAAGGCAGCGAGGACCUGGAUAUCCUCUUCAAGCGAUACGGU